AUGUUGGAUGUUGGAACAGGAGGAUACUCUGCGACUCAACAGCUGAAUGAGGUGGAUGACGACUUGAGGAGCGUGGUUGCCUACAACACAGACUUCACAGAUGGAACACGCGUAGCCCUGGGGGAAACUUUACACGGUGCUCAGAAGAGAAAGAAAUGGGCGAUAGAAAAUUGGAGAAUCCGCCGAGCCCGAGCUCAAGCGCGUGGCAAAGUCAUCGAGAGAUAUCCUGCAUCCGCCGACGGCUUCGAACAUUAAGCCUAGUUGUACCGAUAGACACUCAUCCUCACUGCACCUUCAUCUACGCAUUUUGAUACUUGUACUCACACAAUUUUUAUUUUUUGAUGAAGAGCAACUAAUAUGAUAUUGAUAAGUUGUUGAACAGCUAAGUAUAGCAAGAAAUAGAUGAGCAAGCUAUUAGAUCCUUGUAGCAUUUACUACAACUCUAAGACCGACGAAAUAAGAAAAAACCUCUUGUGUUGAAAGAGCACGAUGGUGUGCGUGUACUAGAAAUCGAUGAUCGGGCGCGAAAAGUUGUGACAGUGUACGACACAAGUGCAGUAAUCGGGGCAGAUGGGCCACACAGAUUGGAGCCGCUCUCGAUAGGCGCUUACGUAGUCAAUCAUGAGAAGAAGAAGGAACUCCACACAGCUGGCGUUGCAUCAAGUACUAGCAGUACUGCACGAGGAAAAAGUAGUGGAAGCAACAACAAACCUUCAGUACCUCAAAAACGCAACAAGAACGACUCCUCUCAGGAUGGAUGGUCUGACGCAAGGUAUGACGUGACUGACCUACCGAGAAGCAGCGACUUGCAAGGUCCCAUCGUAGUCAGGAGGAUGCGCGGCGGUCGGGAAUUAUCGGCCAUCUUGAAUUUGAGUGAGGUUUUCGAUCACGCAGAUUUUCGGCAAGAGCCCUCGUAUACGUAUCCGUUCCGCCCGGUUAAUAAAUCAAAAGCAGGACGAGCACCGUAAGGUGGACCGAACGCCGAAGAGCUUUCUACAGUAGUCCCACCGCUCGCGCCCCCCCUCUUAUAGCGGUGGCCUCUUCUUGCUCUUCUUCCAUGCGUGACGCAAAUGCGUCACGCACGCGUCACGCCACGCAUCACACGCCCGAGGAUUGACCACGGGCGCACGGGUCGGCCGUGGGCCCACGAAGCGACCAUGGACCCACGAAGCGAUCAUGCACCUACGAAGCGAUCGCUGACCCACGAAUCGAUCGCGGACCUUCGAACCGAUCGUGGGCCUUCGAAUCGGUCGUGGACCUUCGAAUCGAUCAUGGCCCCGCGAAUCGAUGGAUCAUGGACCCACGGAGCGAUCAUGGGCCCUCGGAUCGAUCAUGGGCCCUCGAGUCGAUCAUGGACCCUCGAAGCGAUCGCCUCGCGGGCCCUCGCAUCGAUCAGGGACCCUCGGGUCGAUCGUGGGCCCUCGAGUCGACCAUGGGCCCAGCAUGGAUCUCGCGCGGCCGCGUGAAAUGUGGAGAACAUCGCGCACGCGACGCUAGCGGCGUGACUGACAACCACAAGAAGAGCAAGAAAGAACUCCCAAGAACAGCGCAGUAAGUGCAAAGAUGUGACCGCUCAAAUCUAAGCCUUUCCCCCACGUUGUUGCGUGCUGCGUGACGCUUAGAAUUGAAUGGAAGCGCCUCGCUUCCCCCCGAGGCUCUGUGCGUGACGCGGUGGGCGUCACGCGUCACGUAAAAGCUCUUCGGCGUUCCGUAAGUCCCACGGACGAGCGCCACUCCUGAGGUCCAGAGAGCUGCAGGAAAGUCCGCAAUGCUUCGAAAUCACGAGCCAGUAG